UAUAUGGAUGGCACGAAGUAUUUAUAAUAUACGUUUCGCAACCGCUGUCCAGUUUGCCAGUCAGAAAUCUCGACGUAUGGUUGAUUUUCUAAACACGUGCUUGCCUUCUCAUAUGUCACUUAUGAUUCUCGACAAGUGGUUGGAAUUCUCGAUACACUUUUGUUUGGCUUGCCAUACAUAACUUCACGUACGUCAUACGUUGUGAAGCAGGAAAUUGAGUCUCUCUGAAAUUCUCACUGAAGAAAACCAAAUUACAUGGUGAAAAUGGUUAAGACAAAUUUAGUAUUUUCGACUGUUACAUUGAUCACAUUUCUUGGUCUUGCCAAAGGAAUAUUAAUAUCUCCACAUGAUGGUCAAAAAUUUGUAUUUUUGCCUGGAUCUUCUCACAAUAUAACUUGGACAUUAAAUAAGAUUGAAAACUUUCUUUUUCGGAGUUGGACCUUUAGGACAUUUGACACUCCUUCUUCUGCAGCUCAAGUAAUUGUAACAAUAAUUGAUGAUGAAGAACCAGAUUAUCGUACAUCAGUCCUUAAGUCUUUUGGUUUAGAUGUUGAAGUUUAUAAACCUGCAACUCUAAUAUUAAAAAAGGUUAAUCAAAGUUACAUUGGUGUUUAUAAAUUUUCUAUCAACGCUCCUGAUCCCUUUGGCUCAUCUGUUAAAGUGUCUAUUGCAAUUAAACCAACAGUGUCGAUUGACUGUUCAUCUCCUCUGUUUGUGAAUGAAGGUGACAAUGUGUCAUGUGUAUGUAGAGGUGAAGGAGGUAACCCUCCUGCUAAUGUCACAUGGUUUGAUAAAGAUAGCACAACAGUUCGUGGAUUUGGAGUUGAAAGUGCGACUUUAGUAAUCACUGGUGCCUCACCAAAUGAUCGUGGAAGUUACAAAUGUAAAGCUGAAAGUUUUAAUGAUCCACGUUUCAUUGACGAAAAAUCCAUUGAAAUAAUAGUGAAUUAUCAACCAAGAAAUACGAACAUAAUCAUAUCAAAUAUAAAUCCACAAAUUGGUGAAAGUGUGACUAAAUCCUGCGUAUCAGAUGGUUUUCCUCCGCCAACCUUCAUUAUUCAUCAUAAUGGUGCAGUUAUCAGCAAUCAAAAGACAUACAUCAUUCAAUCUGUCAACUUCAAUAACGCUGGCUCAUAUCGUUGUGAAGCAAAGAAUAAACUGGGAAAUGAUUGGUCUGAUUUUCAACCUCUCACUGUUGUUAACGAAGCUCCUAUAUCAAGCUCAUUCAGUCUAUCGCUGUCGAUAAUUACGUCAUCGAUGACGUUUACCUUUACGUCAUCAAUUAGUUCCACUCCCACUAAUAACGGUAACUUUUUUAACGUUUUUUUCUUUAAUUCUUUAAUAUGGAACAAUCAUUCUUGGAGAGUGUGUCUAACCAUUUGUUUUUUAAAUUUUUUUUAUUAAUUUAUCAAUUUACG